CAUCCACUCACCCACCCACACGCCGCCAUGCUGCGGCCCCCGCUGCGCCCGUCGGCGUCCUCCUCGUCCAGUGUCUCCGUGUCGCGCUCCCCGUCCCAGGCGCCAGCGAGCAUCGUGCCGCUGUUCGCCGAGCUGACAUUCUACGUCGUGCCCGCCAAGCUCGAGGGGCGCAUCGUGGCGGUAUACGCGCAGAUUGACGCGCUGGGCGGGCAGCGCACCGCGCGCGCAGAGGACGCAGACUAUGUGCUCACUGCGCUGCAUGGCAUCCCGCGCCUGGAGCGCGUGCUUGGCAGAAACCUGGCCGCGCUCAACCUCCUCCGCAUCGAGUUCGUCGCCGACACAUACGCGCGCUGCGUGUCCCCGGCGACCUUCCCCCGCCUGCCCAAGUGGGACGAGUACCGUAUCGCCACCACACGGCGCAAGCGGUCGCCGAGCGUCGAGCUGCUCGACGGCCCAAGCCCAGCGAAGAAGCCCAAAGUCGUCGCCGCAGCCGAGGACGGUGCCGCCGGCUCCGGCUUUGGAGACUGGGACGCGGCGCAGCCGCCAGACGUGGCCCCAUACUCUGCCGCCAUGCCGUUCAAGGACAUUCCAAAGCUUGCGUGCGAGCGCCCCUGUCCACUCACCUGCCCGAACCAGGACAUUAUCGACGCGAUCAAGCCGAUCUUCGAGGAGCGCGAGUACGACGAGCCGGACCAGCUCAACUCGAACGUGCUGAGCUACCGGCGGAGCAUGAGCAACACACUGACAUCAGCCGCGCCACGCCGCUUCACGUCAGGCAAGGACGCGCGCCAGCUCAACGGCGUAGGGGAUAAGGUCGCGUCGCGAAUCGACGAGUAUCUUUCCACUGGCGCCGUGGCGGAGAGCGAGGCCAUCCUGAAAUCAGCGCGCUUCAAGGCGCUCCGCACCUUCUCGACAAUCUACACGAUCGGCCGGCCGACCGCAGCAGACCUCUACGACAAGAAGGGGUGCCGCACGCUGGCAGACGUGCAAGCCCACUACUGCCACGACACGCCGGCGGACGACGAGCUCUCGGCGAAGGAGCUGCGGGCGCGCGACCUCCGCCGGAUCAGCGGGACGAUGACCCGCGGCGAGGUCGUCAUGGACUGGCUUGGGCUGCGGGACGAGCUCGACGCGAGUAUACCCCGCUCCGAGGUCGAGGAGAUCGGCGCGUGUGUUGCCGAGCAGCUUGAGGCGCUGUGUCCUGGCUGCGAGCAGACCAUCUGUGGCGGGUAUCGCCGCGGCAAACCGAGAUCCAACGACGUGGACGUCAUCUUCCGCCCGCCGAGGGAGGGGCUCGAUGCGCGCCUGCUCAGAAGACUGUAUGCGCGGCUAGCGGCGCUGGGCAUCGUGACGCAUGUGCUCCACGUGUCCACGCUCGACCACACCACACCGCUCCACUCGCAUCCGGGCAACUUUGAUAACCUCGACAAGGCGUUCGUCAUCCUCCGCCUCCCGCCCUCGGCGGACAACCCCGCCCCGCUCCACCGGCGCGUCGACCUCAUCUGCGCCCCGCCAGAGCGGUACGCCGCCGCCGUGCUCAGCUGGUCGGGGAGCAUGAUGUUCGAGCGCGACUUUCGGCGCUAUGUCGAGGCUAGAGGCCUCAAGUUCCGCGCGGGGUUGAUUAACGCCAAGACUAACGAGGAGAUCAACUUUGGCUCGGAGCGAGAAAUCUUCGCGCAUGUUGGGCUGAGAUACAUCCCGCCCGAGCUGAGGAACGCUGAUGGGUAG